ACUUUGACCUCUGACCUACAAGAUAAGACGCGGGGGCGUGAUCUGAUAGAAAGUUGUUGGACCGUUCCUUUAUUUGUUAUGUUCGCGGGGCGUAUUUUCUACAGGUCUCUCUGCACCAUGGCGCCGAUAGCGAAGAGUUUCGACUACCUGGUGAUCGGGGGCGGGUCAGGAGGGCUGGCCAGCGCGCGCAGAGCGGCGGAGUUUGGCGCCAAGUGUGCGAUCAUAGAGAGAGCACGGUUGGGGGGAACUUGUGUCAAUGUGGGAUGUGUCCCCAAAAAGGUGAUGUGGAACACAGCGGUCCAUGCAGAGUACCUGAUGGACCACAAGGACUAUGGGUUUGAUGUCAACGGUACCACCACCUUCACAUGGAAGACCAUCAAAGACAAGAGAGAUGCCUACAUCAAAAACCUGAAUGGAAUAUACAAGUCUAACCUUGACAAGAGUCAUGUGGAGGCUAUAGUAGGAGAUGCCAAAUUUGUAGGUGAGAGGUGUGUGGAGGUUGAUGGGAACAGGUACACAGCAGAACACAUCCUCAUCGCUACAGGAGGGCGGCCUGUGUUCCCUAACACUCCUGGUGUGGAGUAUGGAAUUUCUAGUGAUGGGUUCUUUGACCUGGAAGACCUUCCAAAGAAGGCAGUGGUGGUUGGUGCAGGGUACAUUGCUGUAGAGAUGGCGGGAAUUCUGAAGACACUUGGUUCAGAUGUCUCACUACUUAUCAGGAAAGAUAAGGUGUUGCGUACGUUUGACAGUAUGAUCAGCUCAGAGCUGACAGAAGAGCUGCAGCACAUCGGCAUCAACCUCAUGAAACAGACACAGGUCUCUAAAGUAGAGAAGGCAGCAGAUGGAAGACUGACUGUCUUCACCAACAAUGGGGAGAUCUCAGAGGUGGACACCUUGCUGUGGGCCAUCGGCCGAGUACCCAACACAGAGAUUGGACUGGACACUGUGGGUGUGGAACUUGAUUCUCGUGGAAACAUCAAGGUAGACGAGUACCAGAACACAACAGCGAAGGGUAUCUACGCACUGGGGGACGUUUGUGGGAAGGCACUUCUCACUCCAGUUGCCAUAGCAGCAGGAAGAAAGCUGGCCCAUCGUGUGUUUAACAGUGAGGAUGCCAAACUGGACUACGACAACAUUCCCACAGUGGUCUUCUCACACCCUCCUAUUGGGACAGUCGGGCUUACAGAAGACGAGGCCGUGGCAAAGUAUGGGAAAGACAACAUCAGGAUCUACAGCACACGUUUCACCCCCAUGUACCACGCUGUCACUGAGAGGAAAACUAAAACCAUCAUGAAGAUGAUCUGUCUUCUUCCAGAGGAGAAGGUUGUAGGUGUCCAUAUGAUGGGGAUUGGCUGUGAUGAGAUGUUACAGGGUUUCUCAGUGGCUGUUAAAAUGGGCGCGACCAAGGCUGACUUUGACAGCACAGUCGCCAUCCACCCAACCUCUUCCGAGGAACUCGUGACGAUGCGUUGACUAGCGCGUACAAAUGCUGUUACUGCUGCCAGCGUAGAAGAUGGGCAUAGUAAACUAUGAACAGAACAUUACAUUAAUCUUUUUUUAUAUUCUUUGUCAAUGAAGCUUUAAUUUUCUAGUCAGCUGAAUCCACAUUAAACAAGAUUAUAUAUAUUUUGUAAAAUCUAAAAAUAAUCACUAUUACAUUUUUAUUUGAUCAGAUGCCAUGAUGCUAACAAUAUAACCCCAGGCUAUACUUUCACACCUUUAUGAAUGAAGUUGCACCAAAUGUUUUUAGCAAUAAUCAGCUACUGAUUUAGUAGCAAGUAAGGGGGUUGGUUUUAAACCUCCUUGGUAUUACCUUAUCUUGUUGUUGAACAACUUUCAUUCAUACAUGUAUCAUGUAUGUCUGGGAAAACACAAGUAGUAACUGUACUGUAGACAAAAUGUGCCCUAUUUAUAACCAAGUACAUUUGUAUGGGAAACAUACAUAACACCAUACACAUCAUUUGGUGUGUUUUAAUCAUGUCUUAACUUAAGCAACUGCAGUUUUUUAACCAGGAUAUUGCAUCAUGGCGUCAUGAGGUUCUGAUUUCAUUUUUUGUCUGCGUGUGUGUCUGUUACAGUU